CACUUUUUCUCUUUCUAUUUCUAUCUUAUAUUUCUCAUCCUUUAUUGGUUACUUUAGAUUAGUUAACUUUAUGCACUUUUACAAAAAUUUUGGUUUUUGUCGUAAGUUUUUGGCACUUUUUACAUGGAUAUAUGCUUUUUAAGUAUUAAAAGUGUUUCGUCUUUUUUUGGGUCCUACAUCAAUGAUGAACCCAUGAUUUAGAACUAAGUUGCACUUUCGAGGCCGCACCCGUGUUGAAUUCUCCAAAAAUAUACUACUUUUUUAGAAUUCGACACACACUAGUUGACAUUUUUAAAGAGUCCGAGCAACAUAAUUGUAGAAUGAGCGGGUCUAAAUGGCUGUUGAUUUCUCUGUAUGUUUCAAAUUUUCAUAUGUUACACAGGGUAUUUGGUUCAAUUAUAAUGUUGAACUUGCUCUAGAUCAGUUUCUUUACAAAUUUUUGGGUUUUUUCCUAGUGAGUUACAUCCACUUUUAUAUGGAAAUAUGCUUUAAAUUAAGUGGUUUUGAAUAAUUUUGCUUUCUAUCUUUAUUGGGUCCUACAUCAGUGGUGAAUCUGUGAUUUAGAGUAAGUGGUUCUAAAUUGGUCUUGAUCUCUCUAUAUAUAUUUUUGAAAUUUCAUGUAUACAUGGUAUUUGGUUCAAUUGUACCCGUGGAACUUGCUCUAGAUCCGCCUCUAUACUCAGUAUGAUCAGCAACAAUUUUCCGGGUGAAAACAUCUAUCUCUGGAUCUUUAAGUCCUCUGCUGGAUAAUGCAUGCUUUAGCGGGAUGCUUUCGUUCCAUGAAAUCUAAACAUCCACCUGGUUUUGAGAAGCAUGACUUACUUGCUUCUGAGACUUCUUUUUCUGUUAAUGAAGUGGAUGCGUUGUAUAUUAUGUUCGGAAAACUAAGCAACUCCAUCAUUGAUGAUGGUCUUAUUCAUAAGGAAGAGUUUCUCUAUGCUCUUUUCAACUGUAGCCCUAAGCAGAAUCUUUUUGCACAGAGAUUGUUUGAUUUGUUUGAUCUUAAGCAUAACGGGGUUAUUGAAUUUGGAGAAUUUGUUCGAUCAUUAAGCAUAUUCCACCCAAGGACUCCUCAAGAAGACAAAAUUGAAUUUGCAUUUAAGUUGUAUGACUUGAAGCACACUGGAUUCAUCGAACGUGAUGAGUUGAAGGAAAUGGUGUUUGCUAUUCUGAACGAAUCAGAAUUGACACUUUCGGAUGAUGUUAUCGAAGCGAUUGUUGAUAAGACAAUUCUAGAGGCGGACAAGAACGGAGAUGGACGGAUUGGUCCAGAAGAGUGGAAGGAAUUGGUCACAAGAUAUCCUUCUAUCAUUAAGAACAUGACUCUCCCAUUCUUAAAGGAAAUAACUCAAAUGUUUCCAAGCUUUGUGCUGACAACUGAAGCUCAAGAUUCGCAACUAGUGUUUGAAAACUGAUCAAUGCCAACUGCCUAAUUCUAUUCUACUGCCGGUGCUCGGAUAUCACCAAGCGUUUGAAAAGUACCAGUCCAAUUUUCCUUUUUUUUUUUUUUUUUUGGAUCAAUAGUUCUGUCUGCUCUUAGGCAACCAUAAACUGUAUACGAAAAGUAUUCACUCUAUAUGAGACACUUGCAGCAACUGUAACAUAACUAAGGAUUUUGGUAAUUUUUCCAUCUCACUGUUCGUAAAAUUCAAUUGACGAUAUUCAGAUGUACCGAUCUUUCAAUUGCAGAAUUUUACUAUAUUCUACCUUUCAA